AUGACUCAAUCCUCCCACUGCUACCUUCCUCGCUUCGCUGCGGCCGUCGAUGGGCCUAAACGACCGGUUUCGAUAAAGACGAGACCGACUCCUUCUCAACACGCGCAGUUAUUAACCGCAUGGCACGAAGGAAGACUCGAAACCAUUCUGCGGGCCACCUGGGCACUGGUUUUGCACUACUAUAUCCGUUCUGAGGACAUUUGCUUCGGCUAUCAACACAUCGAUGGCGACUCCAUCUCGACCCGAAACCCUGUACAGCGCUCGCCCAACCUCUCCGCCGUGCGACUAGCGGUGAACGAAAACGACACCGUCAAGGCAAUUGUAGAUAAAGUGCAUGGAGAUAGAGAAUCACAGCAAGCUGAGGGCUACUGGCCCUUCAACACCAUCCUCAUGCUCCGCACAUAUCGCAAGGCGAAUGACCCGCCUUCUUCAACCUCUCAACCCAUUCUGGCAUCCGCACUCCCAGACCAGUGCCAAGUUCGUCUUCAUGUUAAGGUAUUGCGCCGGGACAUCAAUAUCUUCCUUGAAUGGCGCAAUGGAGACAUGUCCGGUGAGCAGAUGAAGAGUGUCUCCCACAUCUUUGAGCAGAUACUUGCCAAAGUCCUUUCUUCUCCGGAAAACACCGCUAUUAGCCAGCUUAAUUUGUUUUCGGAGAACGAUUGGCAGCGAGUCUGCAAGUGGAAUGCCCACACCCCGCAGCUCUAUGAUCAGUGCAUCCACGACGUUAUCCGAGACAACGCGAUUAAUGGGCCGGACAGGGAGGCCGUGUGCGCGUGGGAUGGUAAUUUGACGUAUCGCGAGCUCGAUGAGGCGGCUGCUAAGCUUGCAUGUCACUUGCGUAUGCAGGGCGUUGGUCCGGAAGUGCGAGUAGGAUUGUGCUUCGAUAAAUCGAAAUGGAACAUUGUCGCAAUGCUUGGUGUUAUGAAAGCUGGAGGAGCUUUCGUCCCAUUAGACCCGACACAUCCGACUUCUCGAUUGCAGCGCCUGAUCGAGUCGGUCAAGGCACAGGUUGUACUGUGUUCACAGAUUCGCGCAGAGGCCCUCCGUCCCAUUGUAAAGACUUUAAUCCCCCUCUGCGCCGAAACCCUGGAACGCCUGUCAGACCCUGCCGUCGACCUUACAUCUGGUGUGACUAGCCAGAAUGCGGCCUAUGUUCUGUUCACCUCUGGCUCCACAGGAGAACCCAAGGGAACUCUCCUUGAGCACCGUGCUUUCUUGUCCAGCUCGAAGGCCCACGGACCUGGGUUGGCUAUUUACCGAGACUCGCGGUGCCUGCAGUUUGCAGCUCACACCUUUGACGCAAGUUUGUCAGAGUCAUUGACACCUUUGAUCGCUGGUGCAUGUGUCUGCAUUCCAAGCGAGGAAGCUCGCUUAAAUGACAUUGUGGGAGCGAUCAACGAGAUGCGGGUGACCCAAGCGUGUUUCACCCCGUCAUUCAUCGGCUUUAUUGAAAUUGGAAGCGUGCCGGGUCUGAAGAGUCUGGUCCUGGCCGGAGAGGCAAUGUCCCAGUCACAACUGGAAACCUGGUCCAGAAUUCAACUGAUCAAUGGUUACGGGCCUACUGAGGCCAGUGUCGCAUCCGUCCUGAACUCCCAUGUCACACCGGACACCGAUUGUAAGAAUAUAGGCCUGCCAAUCGGCGUCAGAGCGUGGCUAGUGGAUCCUGAGAACCACGAUGAGCUCGUACCUGUUGGCUGCCCUGGAGAACUUUUGCUUGAAGGCCCGACCCUCGCUCGAUGCUACGUCAACAAUCCGCAGAAGACGAACGAAUCUUUUAUUUACGAUCCGGUUUGGACAAAACGUGAUCCACAUCGGGGCACGAAUCGCCGAUUCUACAAGACUGGCGACCUGGUGAGAUAUAAUUCCGAGAAGGGAUCGCUUAACUACGUCGGUCGCAAAGAUACCCAGGUGAAGGUACACGGCCAGCGUGUUGAGCUGGGAGAAAUUGAGAAGCAACUGAGUACCGAUUUGAACGUCACUCAUUGCUCUGUCUUCUUCCCCAAGACUGGCUACUCCAAGGGCCGUCUGGCCGCUGUCAUCUCUUCCACCGGUCUUCUGGCUGAACAGUCCGAGUCAGAGCUGGAGCCUCUGCGAUUAAUUUCUGCCACGGACAAAGCAAAGCUUGUGCCUGGAAUUCGAGAGCGUCUGUCGGCCCGGAUGCCGACAUACAUGGUGCCAGCCGUCUGGCUGUGCGUCGAAGCUCUCCCUCUUCUCCCUUCUGGGAAACUCGAUCGAAAGGGUAUUGCCGGCUGGGUUGGUGGUAUGGAACAAGACCCCGACAUUACAACCGCCAACACCGUAUCUGUGUCGGAGGAACAGAUGUCUCAACCGGCAAACGAAAAGGAGGAGGCCCUGGCCGCCGUCUACAGUCGGGUUCUAAACAUUCCUCAGACCAAUGUCAGCUUGGAUCAGAGUUUCCUGGCAAUGGGCGGUGAUUCUAUCGCCGCAAUGACUUGUAUUGGAUUGUGCAAGAAGCGUGGUCUUGGUCUUUCGGUGCAGGAGGUCUUGCGAAGCAAGUCGAUCCGGGAACUUGCUACCCGUGCGAAAGCAAUCGAUCACGGCACGACUUACAAGGAGGCAGUCGACCAGCCGUUCGAACUUUCGCCCAUCCAGGUCCUUCACUUUGGUGUGCGUAAAGAGGGACAGGGGCACUUUAACCAGGGGAUUCUUACCAAGUUAAACAAGCCUGUUGAUGAGCGUACACUUCGCAAGGCAAUUGAAACACUUGUCUCGCGUCACUCAAUGCUCCGUGCUCGCUUCAAUCAUGCUGAGGACGCGGUGGCGUCUGCUCAGCGCAUUACAAAAGAUGUGAAGGGGUCGUAUCGGUGGAAGACUCAUAGUGUUUCCAACAUGGACAACAUAAAGCCCUACAUUGCUGACAGUCAGUCUUCCAUCAACUGCUUCACCGGGCCUCUUUUAGCUAUCGAUUACUUCCGCGUCAAGGGCAAAGACCAGGCUCAUGUUUUGUCUAUGACGGCACACCAUUUGGUCGUUGAUAUUGUCUCCUGGAGAAUCAUCCUUGAGGAUCUGGAGGAUGUGCUUUUGAACCCCCAGAAAUCUGUCAGCGAGGAUAGCUCUCUUCCUUUCCAGACUUGGUGCCGUCUGCAGGUCGACCACAGCAAAUCUUUGAUUGAAGAAGGUAAGGCUUCGACCGACUCUUUGCCUCCCACAGAUUACAGCUACUGGGGGUUAAAAAGUACUUCGACGACCUAUGGUGACGUCGACUGUGCCUCUUUCGAGAUCGAUGCUGCUCAAAGCAACGCCAUUCUGCUCGAGUGCCACAAGGCCUUGGACACUGAGCCUAUCGAUUUGUUCCUCGCAGCCAUGCUUCACUCGUUCGGCCGCUCCUUCAAUGACCGCUCCUUGCCCGUGAUCUAUAACGAAGGCCACGGUCGUGAAGUCUGGGACCCCUCGAUCGAUAUUUCGCACACUGUUGGCUGGUUCACCAUUCUACACCCUAUCUUCGUUUCUGCCUUCAAGGCUGAGAGUCCAAUCGCCACUCUUGUACAAGUCAAGGAUCUACGACGUCGAGUGUCUGAUAACGGUCGCGCGGACUUCGCCAGCCGAGUUCUUCCUGGCUUCGGCAAGCAAAGCGGAACUCACCCACGUCCUUUCGAGAUCUCCUUCAACUAUGUUGGCCAGCACCGUGACCUACAGAGACAAGAUGGUCUUUUCCAACUCGUCGACCAGAUGGCCGGAGAAGCUGGGCAGGGUGGUGGUGCCGCCGACUUUGGUAAAGACACCCCUCGAUUCGGUCUAUUUGAGAUCUCUGCAAUGGUCGUGCAUGGGAAGAUCCGGUUCACAUUUUCUUUCAACAAGUUCAUGCAGCACCAGGAUCGCAUCCAUACUUGGGUUUCCAACUGCCAGCAGCAGCUUGUUUCGAUGUCUGAUCAAUUAAUGAAUAUGUCGCCUCGCCUGACCCUGAGCUCUUACCCGAUGCUGUCGUUGUCAUAUGACAAUCUGGAGACGUUGCUCACUCAGAAGCUGCCAGCUAUUGGUGUUAAGUCGCCAGAGCUUGUUGAGGAUAUUUAUCCUUGCUCUCGUAUGCAGCAGGGUAUUUUGCUUGGUCGUACUCGCGAUAGCUCUUACUAUGCCGUUCACGAUACAUUUGAGGUUCGCGCGACUGGAUCGACUGAGCCUAAUUUGAACCGGCUUGUGGAGGCUUGGAAGCAGGUUGUCUCUCACCACGCAAUGUUUCGAACUAUCUUCGCAGAAAACCUUACUCCUCGCGAUCCCUUCUGCCAGGUUGUUUUGAAGGAGUAUGAUCAAGCUCCAGUGAUUCUUCAGUCGGCUGGCGACAGCGAUGUGUUAACCACGUUUGAUGCCCAGGAGCCCAAGGAUUACAGCGAGAUGCGACCGGCCUACCGUUUUAGCAUUUGCCAGACGUCGACUGGCAGACUGUUCUGUCGUAUUGAGCUGAGCCAUGCCGCUAUGGAUGGCAAUUCGAUCUCCAUCAUUCUCAGGGAUUUGCAACUUGCCUAUGUCGGAAGACUGGAAGAGAGUCCACGUCCUUUGUUCAAAGACUAUAUUCAAUGGCUGAAGGAUGUCCCACAAGAAGCUAGUAUCAAGUACUGGAGCUCUUACCUUGCGGAUGCGAAGCCUUGCCUCUUCCCAACUCUCACCGAUGGCGAAAAUGUUCUGCAAAAGACCCUUCGAUCUAUUCCAGUCAAUUUCGGUUCUCUGGAUAAGCUACAGAGUGUAGUCGAGAAGAAGGGAAUCACCCUAUCUAACGUCUUCAAUGCUGCAUGGGGUCUCACCUUGCGCCUGUAUUGUGGCUCAGAUGAUGUGAGCUUCAGUUAUAUGGCCUCUCUUCGUGACGUUGCUGCAGAUGGAGUGCAGUGGGUCGUUGGUCCUGUAAUCAAUUUGAUGGUCUGCCGGAUGAAGAUUUCGGGAGAUUCUCUGCUCAGCGAUGUUCUGAACCAGAUUCAGAAUGACUACAUGGAGAGUCUUCCAUAUCGCCACACCUCGCUUAUUGACAUCCAGCAUGCUCUGAAGCUGUCUGACGCCAAUCUGUUUGACUCAGGUGUCUCUUACCGUCGUCUUCCUAGCGCAAAGGAUGUAGUGAGCAGUGAAAUUGAGUGUGUCGAGGUUGGAUCCAUUCAUGAUCCGGCUGAGUUCCCGGUAUACAUCAAUAUUGAGGCCCAGGACACCAAGGCCAGUAUUGACCUCAAUUAUUGGACUAGCAACUUGUCCGACGCUCAGGCUACCAACGUUGCGAACACCUAUGUUCAAUUCCUUGAGAGCAUCCUGACCCACGCUGAUAGUGAGAUACGCCAGAUUGACAGCCUCAGUGAACAGAACAAGACUGAUAUCCUGACUUGGAACGAUACUAUCCCUCAUGGCGUAGAGAAAUGUGUCCAUCAGGUUGUCCAGGAGAUGGCCAAAAAGUGUCCGGAUGCCUUGGCUAUCAUUGCUUGGGAUGGAAACCUUACAUACUCCAAGCUGGAUCAGUAUUCCUCCCGCCUCGCGAGCUACCUCAUCACUUUCGGCGUUGGGCCUGGCACCCUGAUCCCAAGUUGCUUCGACAAGUCUGUUUGGAACACGGUUUCUAUGUUGGCGAUCAUGAAAGCAGGCGGCGGCUGCAUUCCCGUCGAUAGCGCCCAUACCGUGGGUCUCAUGGAGCAGUGGGUUGUCGCCAACGCCGUUCAGGUUGCCCUUGCAUCUCCCGAGAAGGCUCAAGUCCUUGAAGAAAUAAUUCCUUACGUUAUCCCGGUCAGCGAGUCUCUUCUGGAGUACCUCAAUGACGAGCCUCUUGUCAACACCUCCUCCCCAUCCGACCCAGCCUAUGUCGCCUUUACUGCUGGAAGCUUGGGUUCAGCCCGUGGUGUUGUUUUGGAGCACACUGCGAUCAUGACUCGUGCCGAGGAUUUCGCAUUCUCCAUAAAUUUGUCAGAUACUUCUCGAACGCUCCAAGUUGCAGCCCAUACCUCCGAUUUGCUCCUGCUAGAAAUUUUCGGCACUUUCAUGUGCGGUGGAUGUGUUUGUAUUCCAGCUGAUGUUGAGCCUGGGAACCUGGCUGCGUCUAUCAGCGUUCUAAGUGCCAAUGUCGCUUGCAUCACUCCCACUAUGGCUAGCUUCAUCUCUCCGAAGGAUGUUCCCAGCUUGCAAAUUGUUGUGCUUCAUGGAGAAGCUGCCAUGGAAAAUGUCCUGGACAACUGGCAGUCUAAUGAUCUCAACCUUCACGUCAUCUACGGUGCCGCCGAAUCUUGUUCUGCUUCCUUGCACACAAUAAUUGACCACGGAGCUCAAGAAGCUAUUAUUGGAUUUGCUUCCUCUUCUGUCUCAUGGUUGGUUGAUCCCACCAAUGCCAACUCUCUCGUCCCUGUUGGUGCGGUUGGUGAGCUUGUUCUCGAAGGUCCCGUUCUCGCUCGUGGCUAUCUCGAUGACGAUGAGAUAGCUAGUCAGAAUUUCUUGAAGAACCCUAUUUGGGCAUCUGAAAUGACUGAGAUAAACGAGUCUCGCCUAUUCUUCAGGACUGGCGAUCUUGCUCGCUACAACUCUGACGGAGCCUUAGUCUUCCUCGGAAAGAAGAAUGCUUCCAUUACAUGCGCCGAUCGCUCGCUGAUACAAAAUGCCAUUGAUGCCCACUUUGGAUCGAAACGCCAGGUUGCUGUUGAUGUGGUGUCUGCUGAAAACUCGACAUCAAUUGUCGCUUUCAUCGCUACUGUGGAUGGAAUGGCAGCCACCUUCGUUGAUCGAGUCAUUCAGACUUCCGCGAAAGAUAUGACGUCCACAAUUUCAGCGCUGCACACUAAUCUCAGUGCAAAGCUCCCUGCUAGCAAGGUUCCGAGUAAAUACAUACCCAUCUCAGCAAUCCCCUUAACCCCUCUUGGGAAAAUUAACUACAAGGCCCUUAGCUCAGAAAUCGCCGCCCUAUCCAGUAGUGUCGUCCGGUCUUUUGACAUCAAGCACUGGACCGAAGCCAAGUCCGGAAAUCGCAACUCCCGCGGAUCUUCUUUGACUGAAAUUAACCUCGAGUUCUGGAAGGAGUAUCUCGCCGAUAUCGAGCCUUGCAGCUUCCCCUCUAUCUCCCUUCACGCCAGUAGUGAGGCUCGCUCCACUCGGACCCUCAACAAGCAGACCGACAAGCUUCAUGCAUUCAGCAAGAUGUCUGGUGUCUCUGUCGAGACCCUAUUCCAAAUUGCUUGGGGUCUUGUCCUGCGAUGCUAUACUGGCAACGACGAUAUCUGCUUCGGAUUCUCCACUGGCGAACCUGAUAUCUCCUCGACUCUUUCCAUUUUCCGCACUCUUUUGAACAACGACCGUCUGCUUGACGAAGCUCUUCAGCAAUCUAAGGCCCAAUUUGACAAGAGCCGUGAGAACUUUGCCGAGCUUACUGCUGUGAAGACGCAACUAGGAAUGCAAGACGCAGAGAUCUUCAAUACCCUCCUGACCUACCGUACUGCUUCCUGUCUUCCCCAAGGAGAAGUUCGCGGCGCCACCUUUACAACCACCUACAAAGUUGCUGUCGAGGCCACUGUGUCUAGCUCCGUCGCUGAAAUUCACUUCAGCUAUUCCUCUGAUACUCUCUCCUCCGCCCAAAUGACUCAUGUCAUCGAUGCCUUCGACCACAUCUUGAAUGACAUGAUGUCUUCCAGCCCUUGUCACCGCCCUAUUGGUGAUCUGGACCUCUUCCCCGAGCGCUCUUGUCGUCAGAUCCACAACUGGAAUGCUGUUCUUCCUCCUCGAUUCGAGAAGUGCGCCGAUGAGCUGAUCCAACAGCAAGCCCUUCUGCACCCUCGUGCAGAGGCCAUCUGCUCUUGGGACAAGAACUUUACCUACGGUCAGCUUGAGAUUGUGUCUACGCGUCUCGCCAGGUAUCUUACUAGCAUGGGCGUGAAGCCGGAGGUUUUCGUUGUCCUUUCUUUCGAGAAGUCUGCUUGGGCGGUUGUCUCUCAACUGGCAAUUCUCAAGGCCGGAGGCGCAUUUGUCUCUAUCGAUCCUUCUCACCCCGACUCCCGACUUCAGAUGCUCAUCGAAGAAAUUGGUGCAGAUCUUGUGCUAUGCUCUUCUACCCUUCAGCCGAAGAUGGCCAAUCUGUGCAAGAAGGCUUUCGCUGUCUGCCAGAGCUCCAUUUCUCAGCUUCCCGAGUCCCCUCUGGCCAUUUCUGGUACACGACCCGGCGCUGGAAAUGCAGCAUAUGCUAUUUUUACGUCUGGUACUACGGGCAAGCCCAAGGCCACCGUUGUCGAACACACUGCUCUCAGCACGACCGCUAUGGCAAUGGCUGAUGCUCUGCACAUGAACACAGGUACCCGGGCGCUGCAAUUCUCGAAUUAUACCUUUGAUGUCAGCAUUCUCGAGAUCAUGAUGACUCUCAUGACUGGUGGUUGUGUUUGCGUGCCGAGCGAGGAGGAGCGCAUGAACAACUUGGGCGGUGCAAUUCGUCGUAUGGAAGCUAAUUACAUGGCUUGUCCUCCUGCUAUUGUCAACACCCUGGAGCCCAAGUCAGUGCCCACCCUGAAGACCAUCAUCACCGGUGGUGAGAAGAUGCCCGCCAACCAUAUAGAUCGUUGGCACGAUCGGUUUGUCAUCAACGCCUACGGCCCCUCCGAAGCUACUGUUGUUGCCACCGUUGGUGUCAAGAUUGAUUGGGAUGGCAACCGUGUGAACAAUGAUCCAACCUGCAUUGGAACCGCACCCAACUGCAGAGUAUGGAUCGUCGAUCCCAACAACUACAACCGACUUCUCCCUGUCGGGGCUGUUGGAGAGAUGCUCCUCGAAGGUAGCAACAUUGCUCGUGGAUAUCUCGCCAACCCCGAGAAGACCAAAGCAGUCUUCGUCGAUGAUCCCGUUUGGAGCCACCACAGCGGCCUUCAUGGACUAUUCAAGCGUAAGGAUCGCAUGUACCGUACUGGUGAUCUAGUAAGGUACAACAGUGAUGGCACUCUUGCUUUCAUCUCCCGCAAAGACACUCAAAUCAAGUUUAACGGGCAACGUAUCGAGCUUGAGGAGAUUGAACACCAGUGUGCCCGUGCGCUUCCUGAGGGGGCUCAGGUUGCUGUAGAUGUUGUUGUUCCUCAGGAGCGAACGGUCGCCAAGGGUCUCGCGGCCUUCUUCACCAUUCACACCGAGGACUCAUUCCAAGGUGGCAGCUCUGAUGACUUUGUUGCUACCAUCCCAGGUGCAGACCCUCUGCUUCUUCCGAUUUCAGUAUCAAACAUGGAUGCUAUUCAGAGGUUGAAGAGUUCCCUCCCUGACCUCCUUCCCCAGAGCAUGAUGCCGCGCCUGUUUUUCCCGCUGCGCAAUCUGCCAUUUACUUCCUCCGGCAAGAUCGACCGCCGCCGUCUUCGCGCGAUGGUCCAGACUCUGUCCAAGGAGAAUCUUAAGUCCUUCAUUACCUUCAAUGGUCCCAGCAAGAAGGAAGAGGCUUCAACGAAUGGUGUUGACGCCAAGCUCCGCACCCUCUGGGAGAAAACCUUGGAUUUGGAAGAGGGUUCAGUCACCAACGAUGAUAGCUUCUUUGCGCUUGGUGGUGACUCUUUCUCCGCCAUGAACCUGGUUGGAGCCGCUCAGGCCCAGGGCAUCGCCCUCAAUGUUGCUACUAUUUUCAAGUCCCCUUUGUUGUCCGAAAUGGCGAAGACUUGCUCGGAGACCGCAGAAGCCCCGGUCCUAAAAAAGACCUCCCUCAAGGCAUUUUCGCUUCUCCCUCAUGGUGUUGAUUUCGAGGGUCUCAUGGAUGAGAUUACAGAUAACUGUGGCGUUGCCACCGACAUGGUUUCUGAUGUUUACCCUUGCAGUGCCGUUCAAGAAGGUCUUCUGACCAUGUCUGUUAAGAACCAUGGUGCUUAUGUCGCUCAGCCUGUUUUCCGCCUCGCCGAUGGCACUGAUGUUGACCAAUUCAAGGCCGCCUGGCAACAGACUGUAGCCGAUCUUGAAAUUCUGCGUACUCGCAUUGUGCACACUGACGCCAUGAACUUCGCUCAGGUCGUGCUCAAGGAGUCUCCCAUCCACUGGGUUCAUGCCGAGUCCUUUGAGAAAUUACCUGGUGACUCAAUUGAAUUACCCAAACACAACGGCGCACCUCUGACGGGUUAUGCGAUUGUCCAACCCCACGGAUCUCGUGCUGCCUACUUCGUGUGGUCUGUGCAUCACGCUCUUUACGAUGGCUGGAGUAUUCCCCUCGUCUACCGCAAGCUGGAGGACAACUACAAUAAUGCCCAAAACCAGCAGCCUGCCACUUCUUAUGGUCUCUUCAUCGAAUACCUCAGCAAGACGAACAUGGAAGAGUCCGAUGCUUUCUGGAAGAACUACUUCGCCGAGUUUUCUAGCUCACUUUUCCCCCAAAACAAGAACGCCGUUGCGGAUGCUAUGCGUGCUGGAAACACUCAAUACCAUAGUAUGGGUAUUUCGCGCCCCGCCAACAGCGUCGAUUUUACUCUGCCUGUUCUUCUGCGUGCUGCUUGGGCUAUCGUUGUCGCAGCCCACACUGGAUCUGGUGAUGUAUGUUUCGGAGAGACUUUAUCAGGUCGUAACAUCGACUUGCCUGGUGUCGGCGACAUCGCUGGCCCUGUCCUGUCGACUGUCCCAACUCGCAUCGUUGUCGACAAUGGUACGCCUCUCAUUCAGUACCUCGAAAAGAUCCACCAGUCCACCACCGACAUGAUUCCUCACCUUCACACUGGUCUUCAGCGCAUCCGCCAGCUAAAUGCUGACACUGCUGCUGCGUGCAACUUCCAGAACCUCUUGGUUAUCCAGCCUAGUGAGGGUGAACUUAAUAACGAAAUUUGGUUCGACGAGAAGCAAGCCACCAGCGAGGACUUCUUCACCCACCCCCUUGUCCUUGAGUGUGGUAUUUCCAAGACCCACAUCCACUUUACUGUCCACCACGAUGAGCUUGUUAUCAACGGAUGGCAGUCAAAGCAUCUUGCUGAGCAAUUCAGUCAUGUUCUCAAGCAGCUGAUGUCCGUUCCCAAGACAAGCACUGGGAAAGUCGUUGACUUGGAAGUUGUCAGUCCUGAGGACAAGAUGGAGAUUGCCCGAUGGAACGGCCGCGAUCCUCUUGUGGUUGAGCGCACUGUUCACGACUUCAUCCGAGAGAAGGCCAUUGAGACGCCAAAUGCUCCCGCCGUCUGCGCAUGGGAUGGCGAGCUUAACUACAAAGAGUUCUGGGAUCUGGCUUCUUCCUUUGCUAAUUACCUGGUUUCCCGUGGUGUUGGUCCCGAGGUCUUUGUUCCUGUCUGCCUUGACAAGUCAGCGUGGGCCAUGGUCACCCUCAUCAGUAUUCUUAUUGCUGGCGGUGGAUAUGUUCCACUCGAUCCCCAUCACCCUGUUACGCGACAUGAAGAGAUCCUCGCGGAUGUUGGUGCUAGCAUGAUUCUUUGUACUCCCAAGUAUACCAGCCGUUAUAAUCGUGUUGUCAAGGCUGUGAUUCCCAUCAGCAAGGAAACCCUGAUGGCCUACGGAUCUCUCAAUGUUUCCGCCAAGCGCCGCAGUGAGGCAGCUCCAGCUAACAUGGCUUAUGCUCUAUUUACCUCUGGCAGCACUGGCAGGGCCAAGGGUAUCAUAGUUGAGCACCGCAACGUCGCCAGCAGUAUAAUGGCCUUCGCCCCAUUGACUGAGAUGGUUUCCACGUCUCGUGUCUUCCAAUUUGCAUCUUUGACGUUCGAUGCCGCCAUCAUGGAGACACUGGCCAUCUUGAUGGUCGGCGGCUGCAUCUGUGUUCCUAGCGAAGAUGAUCGCCUGAACGAUGUUGCGGGUGCUAUUCGACGCUUGAAUGUGAAUUGGACGUUCCUCACGCCAUCCAUUGCUAGUAUCAUCGAGCCGUCAUCAGUGCCUUCGCUGAAACUCCUCAUCUGCGGCGGUGAGAAGAUGUCUCGUGAAGUCAUUACCAAGUGGGCGAACACAGUCAAGCUCAUGAACGGAUACGGGCCGACUGAGACAUGUGUCUUCGCAACUAUGGAGACUGCCGUAGCUGCCACUCGCGAUCCUGGACGAAUUGGCUACGGUAUCCCGAGUACCCUCACUUGGAUUGUGGAUCCUGACAAUCAUGACCGUCUGGUCCCACUCGGUGCUGUUGGUGAGCUUGCCCUGGAAGGAGUUUCGUUGGCACGCGAGUAUCUCAAGAAUCCCGAGAAGAAUGCUGAGUGCUUCAUCACCAACCCUGUUUGGGCCAAGGACUUCAAGCACUCAUCGACUCUACCUUCUCCUCGCAGAAUAUACCUGACUGGUGAUCUUUGUUAUUACAACCCUGAUGGCUCAAUCGAGUACAUCAGUCGGAAGGACCACCAAGUUAAGCUGCAUGGCCAGCGCAUGGAGCUCGGUGAGAUUGAGCACCGACUCUAUGAGGACCCACUUGUCCGCCACGCAGUUGUCAUCCUGCCGAAGACUGGACCUCUCAAGCAGCGCCUCGUGACUGUUAUGUCACUAAACAAGAUCGCACAAGACAAUAAGUUGAUUUCAGACAAGACUUGCGAGCUCGUUGAUGAAGAAGAUAUGUCUAGCCAAGGAUUGGCUGGCCUUGUUGAGGUGCAGAAGAAUAUUCAGAGCCAGCUUCCCGUCUACAUGGUUCCACAAACCUGGGCUCUCAUCCAGAAGCUUCCUAUGCUUGUUUCCGGCAAGCUUGACCGAAAGAAGAUCACUGCUUGGCUUGAGACCAUUGACGACGAAAGCUACGAACGCAUUAUGGCCGACUACGACCGAAUGAAGCGCGGCGACAUUGAAAAGCCCCAGGAGAAAGAACAGGAUGGCUCGUUUAAGAUCAUGCGCGGAAUCGUCUCGCAAGUCCUCAACAUCUCCCCGCAGAAAGUCAACGUUGACCGCUCCUUUGUCAGCUUGGGUGGCGACAGUAUCACCGGGAUGGCGGUGAUCUCCCGGGCGCGUAAACAGGGCCUGGUUGUCACUUUGAAUGAUAUCUUGCAGAGCCGAUCUAUUAAGGAACUGGCUCAGACUGCCACCGCGAAGACACCUGUUGUGCCUGUAUCUGAGGAGAAGCCUGGUGAGGGCUUCGCUCUUUCUCCUGUUCAGAAACUCUACAUGCAAUCAUCGGCUUCCUUCAAGGGGGGCGCUCGUUUCAACCAGAGUAUUACUGUGCGGGUUUCUCGCAGAAUCGAGGGAGAAGUGCUUCGACGGGCGAUCACUGCUGUUACUAGCCAACACUCAAUGUUCAGGGCUCGAUUCAGCAAGGUGAAUGGCACUUGGCAGCAAAGGGCUGCAGCUGAGAUUCAAGAGUCCUAUCGCUUCCGAAUUCACUCAGUGAGCGAUACCCGUGCAAUGGUUCCUAAGGUUGCCGACAGCCAGGCCUGCCUAGAUCCGAUGAACGGGCCGAUAUUUGCAGCUGAUCUUUUCAACCUGCGCAGCGGUGGCCAGGUGCUUUUCCUGGUUGCUCACCAUCUUUGCGUGGACAUGGUCUCAUGGCGAAUCAUUCUCCAGGACCUCGAGGAGCUUGUCGUGUCUGGCUCCCUUUCUGAUGACAAAGCCCUGUCCUUCCAGAGCUGGUGUUCAAUGCAACAGGAGCGAGUCAAGGCGAACGACUCUUCCCUUACCCUUCCCUUCACCCCGGAGCAGGCCAAUCUGGAAUACUGGGGCAUGCAUGAUUCACCCAACGUUUAUGGCGACAUUAAGAUGGAGUCGUUCCAAUUGAGUGAAGAUGCUACCAAAUUUGUUCUUGAUGGAUGCCACGAAGUUCUCGGUACCGAUACUGUUGAUAUCUUGCUUGCAUCUGUUAUCCAAUCCUUCCGCCAAACUUUCACCGACCGGAAAGUUCCGACAAUUUACAAUGAAGGACACGGCCGCGAGCCUUGGGAUGCCGACAUUGACCUUUCAAGGACCGUGGGCUGGUUCACCACCAUGGCCCCUCUGCUUGUUGAAUGCGACGAUGAAGGAAUCAUCGAUAUAAUCAAGCGCGUCAAAGACACUCGCCGCAAAAUCACCGACAACGGCCGUCCAUACUUUGCAAAAAGUAUGCUACAGACCGACCACAAAGACUUCCAAGUUCCUCUGGAGAUUCUCUUCAAUUACCUCGGUCGCCUUCAGCAGCUUGAGCGGGCCGACUCGCUCUUCCGCCACCAGGGCAGCGUUUUUGAUAGUUCAGACUUCGCUGUCGCUGGUGACAUGGGUCCGGAAACUACUCGCUUUGCCCUGUUCGAGGUAUCUGCCAUUGUCAUCAAGGAGCGCCUGAAUGUCGCGUUUACCUACAACCGUAAAAUGACCCGUGAAGGGCAGGUGCGUCGUUGGAUCCUCCAGUGUAAGGGUGUUCUGGAGCGUGAUAUGUCUGUCCUAAGGAAGACUAUACCGGAACCUACCCUCAGCGACUACCCUUUACUGCCACUGAACUACCAGGGCCUUCAGGUCCUUACCAACAAUACCUUCCGAAAGCUUGGUGUUCGCAACAAGAACGAGGUCGAGGACAUUUAUCCUUGCUCCCCCAUGCAAGAGGGUCUGCUGCUCAGCCAGCUGCGUGAUCCCAGUGCGUACAUGUUCCACACCAUCUUUGAGAUCAAGGAUGCCCGCACCGAGAAGGUCGAUCCUGAGAAGCUUUCCCGAUCAUGGCAGAUGCUCGUGGAGCGUCACCCGGUUCUGCGAACUGUCUUCAUUGACAGCAAUUACAGCGGUGGCUCUUUUGACCAGCUCGUCCUCGCCAAGCUGACUGACAAUGUCCUGCGAGUGGAAUGCUCCGAUGCCCAGGUCGAUGAGAAGCUGGCUGCCAUCUCACUCCGAGAUCUCAACGCCAUGCGGGCCGCGAAGCUCUCUCAUCAGUUCACUGUCUGCCGUACAGCCAGUGGGCGUGUUCUGGUGAAGCUUGAAAUCAACCAUGCUAUCAUUGACGGUGGCGGUGUUGAUGUUCUCCUCCGUGACCUGACAAUGGCCUAUGAUCGUCGGCUGUCUGAGGCCGACGGUCCCAAGUUCAGUGACUACAUCAAGUAUAUCCGAACCCAGAGCCAGGACAAGGCCCUGGAGCACUGGAAGGAGUAUCUCGGUGGUGUCAGCCCAUGCCACCUUGCGCCCCCUUCCACCUUCCAGGCCAACCGUGAGCUGAAGGGCAUCCUGAUGAACUUCUCUCGCUACCCUGAGCUGCUCAGCUUCUGUGAACAGGCUUCGGUUACUUUGGCCAAUCUAACCUUGUCUGCUUGGGCUAUCGUCCUCAGACAGUUCACAGGAUCCGACGACGUCUGCUUCGGUUACUUGUCUGCCGGUCGCGAUGCGCCUGUCAACGGCAUCCAGGACAUGGUCGGUAUAUUCAUCAACAUGCUUUGCUGCCGUGUUCAAUUCUCGGGUCAGGAAACUCUGACCGAUGUCUCUAAACGAGUGAAUGGAGACUAUAUCCGCAGCAUUCCCCACCAGAGCUGCUCCCUUGCCAGUAUUCAGCACGAUCUUAGCAUACAGGGCCAGUCUCUAUUUAACACUACCCUUUCCAUCCAAAACCACGCCGUUGCGGGCGAGACCAAGGACAAGGGUUUGUCAUUCGACCUUCAGCACGCUCAUGAUCCAAGCGAGUACGCCGUCACUGUCAAUGUUGAUAUUUCUCGCGGCAAUGAAGGAAUCAUGCUGCGAUACUGGAACGACGUGAUUUCUGAUGGUCAAGCGCAGUCCCUGGUGGACACAAUUGCGAAGGUAUUCACAUUCUUCAUUGAGUCUCCAGCCGCAACCCUUUCAGACGCCAAGUUCGGUCAAAAGGCCGUCGAUACUAGCUCCGAAUGGGACAACUCGCAGGCCACAUUUAGCGAAACGACGAAGCCUGCUAUGGAUGGUCUAGAUGGCGCUGCCAUUCAGAAGAUGAUUGAUGACCGAGUGACUGAGGUUAUUGGACAGAUGUUGAGGGACGGGAAGUUGAUGGUGCCGCCGGUGCCUCGUUUGCAGACAAGUUUGUCCGUGUACGGCCAGACUGAUGAUGGAGUGGAUUCACCUUACCCAUUGGAGGGUAUGCAAGGAGCAGAUGAUUCGGGUAUUUGUUCGGCAACGUCUCGAUCCAGCGUGGAUGGGAUGUCGGCCGAUGUGGAGAGGAAGCUCUGGAGUCUUUGGAGUACUGCUCUCGGUCUCUCGCCCAAUACCGUGAGACACCAGGACAGCUUCUUCAAGUUGGGCGGUGAUAGUAUCACUGCCAUGAAGAUGGUGAGCGCGGCCCGUGAAGAGGGUCUCGUUCUUACUGUUGCGGAUGUCUUCAACAACCCUGUGUUUGAAGACAUGGUUGCAACUGUGAGCGCCGCUAAUGUGACGCAGCAGAUGCUGAAUGCUGAUCUACAGACCACGCCUAAGGAGGUCGAGGUAUUCCCUGGUAGUAAGCCUACUACUCUUGCGCCGAACCCAUCUACUGAGAGCAUAUCUGUUCUCAGACCCAGCAUGGCUGUUGAUGAUGCCUCGCUUCAAAAUGGCAUUUGCCCAAAGAUUGGUGUUUUCAAGGGUGGCAUUGCCGAUGUACUUCCUGUCACUGACUUCCAAGCCAUGUCUUUGACCGCGACUCUUUUCAAGUCGCGAUGGAUGUUGAACUACUUCUUCUUGGAGGGCAAUGGGUCUAUAGAUCUAAGACGCCUCCGUGAGAGUUGCCUGAAGGUGGUUGAUGCCUUUGAUAUUCUGCGAACUGUCUUUGUCUGCUUCCAUGACCAGUUCUUCCAGGUUGUGCUGCGCAAGAUUCGUCCCAGCAUCUUCGUCUAUGAGACCGAUCGUGGUUUGGAUGAAUUCACCAUGACGCUGCAGCAGCGCGACCGCGAGUAUGGCCCUCGUGAGGGUGAACAAUAUGUGCAAUUCUAUGUUGUCAAGAAGAAGGGAAGCGACCAGCACCGCAUCAUGAUCCGCCUGUCUCACACCCAGUACGAUGGAGUGUGUUUGUCCAAGAUCAUGACUGCCCUGAAGCUCGGCUAUGAAGGCAGCCCUCUACCUUCUGUUACGCCCUAUGCCAGCUACCUUCGCCAGCUCCCAGGAACAAUCACUCCGGAUCACUACAACCAUUGGUCGAAGCUUCUUAAGGGUUCACGUAUGACCCAGGUCGUCCGUCGUAAGGGUACCACCAUGUUCCAAAACAUCGGUGCCUUCACUGAGAUCCGCAAGACAAUCGAGAUUCCUCCUACUGCCCUUGGCAACGUCACUGUUGCAACGGUCAUGCAGGCUGCUUGGGCUCUCACACUCGCCAAGCUGUCUGCCCAAUCUGAUGUUGUCUUCGGUCUCACUAUCAGCGGCCGCAACGCCACUGUUCCUGGCAUUGAAUCCACUGUCGGGCCCUGUGUCAACGUGGUGCCCGUCCGUGUCAAGUUUGACGACAAAUGGACCGGCCUGGAUCUCUUCCGGUACCUUCAGGACCAGCAGGUCUCCAACAUGCCUUUCGAGUCUCUCGGCUUCCGUGAAAUUAUCAGGAAAUGCACUGACUGGCCUGACUGGACCUACUUUACUACCUCGGUCUUCCACCAGAACGUCGACUAUGAGGGAUCUCUGGAGCUCGAUAACACCAAGUACCGCAUGGGCGGUGCUGGUGUUAACGAUAACUUUGCAGACUUGACCAUGGUCUCGCGUCCUACCGACGAGCGCAACCUCGGUAUUACCCUUGGCUAUUCUGAGAAGGGACCCGUUCACCCUGCCUUCGCAGAAAAAGUCCUCGACAUGGUCUGCGAAAUUGUGCAGUCUCUCGUCGCCAACCCAUCCACUGCCCUGCCGUCUCCCAACAUGCUCUGCUCUCUGCCGUCCCAGACAAUCGACGAUCUUCCCCGUUCUUCGGACGAGCACUUCCUCAGCGCCCACCUCAAGUCGCGUUCUAUUGCUGAGCUACUUGUCCACUCGGACAUUCUUUCCCGCUCGUGGCACCAGGCCCUGCCUCAGCGACCUAACGCCCCCACCGGUGACCUCGAUGCUGGAGACAAGUCUGCCAAUCAACCAGCCUUCCAGCUGGACUCAUCCUUCUUCGACCUGGGUGGUGAUAUAUUCAACAUGGCUCAGCUCACCUGGUUACUCGAACAGGAGGGUCUCAAGGUUCGCCUCGAAGACCUUCUCGAACACCCUUCAUUCCUGGGUCAAAUGGCCGUCCUGGCCUUGCACAAUGCCAAGCACCAGGAUGACUAUCCUGCCGAAUACGCCACUGGUGCGGUCUCCCCCGAUCCAGAAAGUCGAAACCCAGUCGAGAAGAAGAAGACCUGGGAGAAGGCAAUGACCCUUGCGAGAAAGCUGACUCGCCGCAAUAAUAUGGUACCCAGCCGAGGCUGA